GCAACGUCGAAAUGUGUCACUUCCGGCGACGCAGAGACGUCAGAUGUUUUGGGUCGUUGCGUUGGUAGCUUAGCAGCUAAAACACCUCGAAAGCUACGUUUGAAAAACGCCAACGGUAAUUUAUAUAUCUGUGGCUGCGAUGGGAGUGGACCAGACGGAACCGGGGCUGCCGGCCGACCCGGUGGGCAGGCGGGUGUCCUGCGACGGGGAGCGGGCCACGGUGCGGUAUGUGGGCCCGGUACCACCGACACCAGGGCUGUGGCUCGGCGUUGAGUGGGAUAACCCCGAGAGAGGUAAACACGACGGCAGCCACGAGGGAGUCCAGUAUUUCACAUGCAGAAACCCUAAAGGCGGCUCCUUCGUCCGUCCAGCGAAGGCGAGCUUCGGAGUGGACUUCCUGACCGCCCUGCAACAGGUGUACCAGAUCAAAGAGGAGGUGCUGAGUGAGGAGAUCGCCAUCUCCUCCAAGAAGCUCAAGUGGGCGUUCAAGGACUGCUGCAGUUUUGAGAGCCGUACGUCGGUGCUGUUUGAUUUCUGCGAGGUGAACGGGCCCGGGGCGGAGGGAGAAGUCAGAAAAACAACACCACACGUGGAGUGGCUGGGCCUGAGUGGGACUCUGCUGUCCUGCUGGGAGGACGUGGCUGCCAUCGCACAGCAGCUGGACCAACUGGACUCACUUCAGCUCAGUGACAACAGACUGCGUUUGCCCUCCGACCCCUCGGCUCACUGCCAGGCUUUCUGCAACCUCAAAGUCCUGGCCCUCAACAGAUGUGACCUCACCUGGCCACAGAUCCUGGAGUGCGCCCCCAUGUGGCCACAGCUGGAGGAUCUGUGUGUAGAAGAAAACAACAUCACAGAGCUGCAGAGGCCUGACGGAGUGCUGCAGUCGCUGAAGAGUCUCAAUGUGUCCUGUAAUCCUUUAGAGCAACGCAGCGUGCUCAGCAUAGCGGCUCUGCCCAGGCUGGAGCAGCUGAAGUUGAUUAAGAUCGGCCUGUCUGACAUUAGAUUUGAUGACGCUGCUCCUGGAUCUCAAACAGCCUUGUUCCCAGCACUGAAGAAUCUCAACCUGGAUGACAACAACAUCUCUGAGUGGCGUGUGGUGGACGAGCUGGCCAAGCUUCCCAGUCUGGUUCAGUUUUCGUGUAGCGGUAACCCGCUGGUGAGCAGUGACGGAAACCCCAAAACAGCCACUCAGAUUCUGAUCGCCAAACUGGGACAACUGGUCCUCCUCAACAGAAAUAUUCUGCGCCCUGAGGACAGGAGGGGGGCAGAGCUCGACUACAUCAAGAUGUUCGGCGAGGAGUGGCUGGAGGCCGGCGGGGCGAGUCAGCUCAGCACCCAGUUCACCAGUCAGCACCCUCGUUACCAGAGUCUCAUCAACAAGUACGGAGCUCCAGAGGAAGGCGAGUUCAAGAAGCAGGAACCCUUCGCCCUGAAAAACCAGCUGUUAAAGAUUAACUUUGUGUUUCCGGACGACGCCGACCGGAAGCCGAUUGAGAAGAAACUUCCAGCGUCCAUGGUUGUUCAGAAGGUGAAGGGACUCCUGUACAGACUGCUGAAGGUUCCUGCUGCCGAUCUGAAGCUCACCUACACCUGCAACAAGAAGGUGGGGACAGAGUUUGAGAUCGACGGCGACCUGAAGACUCUCCAGUUUUACUCCAUAGAGGACGGAGACCAGGUGUUGGUGCGCUGGUCCUGACCCGGGACCAGGCGGUGAAGAUCCGGCCGCUCGGUCCACGGCAGAGACAGAACAGAGACAGAACAGAGACUGAACAGAGACUGAACUGAACUUGUGUGUUCGGCCGAGACACAGACUCACACUGGAUUGUGCGUCUCAGAAACUAAACUGCACCACGUUCCUUCAGGACUUCCCUCAGAGUCCUCCCAGAGUCCCUGAGUGAAAUCCACUCGUGCACUAAGUCAUUCAAGCAUUUUUGUUGCAACUCAGUCUCACUCCCAGCAGUUUAAAAACUGACAAUUGGUCACGCUUUCAGAACCAUUUUAUUUGUCAUUGUAAAACAUUGUCACAACGAAAUUAAAGUGCUGCUCCU